CCAUGACAAGAAUAUUAAAAUUGAUGCAUGGGACUGGAGUGUGAAUGAAGUAUUAGCAUUAGGUGUUCUUCUUCAUUAUUAUAAUAUUUCAUACUCUUAUUAUGAUGACCAAGGAGAAUUAGCUGAUUACCCUUAUAAGUUAGCUGAAUACCCUUAG